GUCAACACAACCACAAAACCAUAAAACUACCAACGCAUGCUUCGAUCUUCAAGAUUCAGUCAUGAUCGAGUCUCGACCUCAUUUCUGAAUCCAACUCAAUACCACUGCCGGCGGUAUGAUGGCCAUGGUCAUGUCUCGCCCUUUGGUCUUGUCGCUCAAACCGAGCAAGGCCUUGCUGUCCCAACAUCCCCACUCAGCCAGUCUGUAAGGGAUAGCGAUAUCAGCAACAAGCCACAUUGAGAACUGUGGCGGUUGCCGCCAUUCCCUUCCAUGCAAGACUGAGUUUCGGUAGAGAGAAGAAGAAUGAAUCCACAUAUAUCCUCGGCCAAUGCGGGUGUGAUAAGGACCCCGCGCGUUGAUGCAGUCAUCCGCAUGGCCCUCGCCCCUUGCGCUCUUCUGCACUUCUGCAUCUCGAUGAGAAUUGCCGAUGCCACCAUUGCGUGCUGGGACUACGUGGUCCUAUUUGAGACAGUGGUGAAGUGAAGUGGUGAGUACCGGGUUGUCGGUCCAUGUUCUGAGACAG